AUGGAUGAGAGGUUGUGCUUGGAGAUGGAGAGCCUAGGGCUCAGUUUAGUCAUUAUGGGAAGCCGAGGGUUCAGCGCCGUCGUCGCCUUCAAGAGGAGUGUCGUCAUCACCUUCAAGAGGAGCGUCGUCGCCGCCUUCAAGAGGAACCCCAAGCUACAUGGCAGUAACAAUACAUUAACUUGGUCAAGUCUUUACUUUGAAUUUGAAGGAUCUGUAAACGGAGGCAAUUCCGCUGAGCUUGCAAAGGAGGAAGAUAUCGAUGGGUUUCUAGUUGGUGGUGCUUCCUUGAAGGGACCUGAAUUUGCUACCAUUGUUAAUGUUGUAACAUCCAAGAAAGUUGCUGCUUGA